AUGACGAUUUAUACACAAAACGUCCGUACGCUUGCAUCGGAAACGGGCAACCAAGAUCCGAUGAUGCAAGCCAAGAUCAAGUACGACAUCAUCGGAUUGACCGAGACGAGACUAUGCCACCCACUUAGCGUCGUGUAUGAAAUUGGAGACGAACUGUUCUUGGGAACAUGCGACUGUAGAGGAGUUGGUGUCCUCGUCAACACGAAUAUGGCAAUAAACACCGACUCUUUCGAACAACUUACAACCCGAAUCAGAGACCUUUACGGAUGGGAAGAUGUGGCUCAACAUCCGCUUAGAGAAUCUUCGACGCUUACGCUCCAACAUCAAGCGACGAAGAAGUCGAAGCUUUCUAUAUGGACCUGGAGACGUUCUACAGAGAUCAUACCUUUUACAAAGUCAUGGUUGGUGAUUUCAACGUCGAAAUUGGCCCAAGAAGAACGCCGGAGGAACUUCACAGCGGGACCUUUGGCCUACAAUGGAACAACCAGGAAGAGAGGCUUUCCGAGUUCAUCAUGA